UGAGUUUAAAGUUUAAUAAAGUUUUAGCAGACACUCCCAUCUAACCUUUGGCUGAUCCGAAGUUGAAGAUAUUCUCCACCUGGGUGUCUGCUGUGUGCUGUUACUGUAGCUCCUAUUCAAUCUCUCUUAGUUCAACCUUCCUGUUGCAUGGCUACGGUUUUGGUUGGGAAAGUUAUUCGGAGUUAAAUUCGUUGUCAUUAGCAUAUUGCUGAUUUAGCUUAGCGAAUGACCUUGGGUGGGAGAUAGGUCUUCUAGAUUCGUCUUUCGUAUUAAGGAUUUUUCUCUGAAGGCUGUGAUCUUAUGGAGCCUGACAGGUUAAAUUCCCCAACCACAUUUGAGAUGCCAUUGGAGGUUAUGGGCCAUGAGUUGCAGUUUUCUCAGGAUCCCAAUUCCAAGCACUUAGGGACUACAGUAUGGGAUGCAUCACUUGUGUUUGCCAAGUUUCUUGAACGGAAUUGCAGAAAGGGAAGGUUUUCCCCAGCUAAACUUAAAGGAAAACGUGUAAUUGAACUAGGAGCUGGUUGUGGUGUUUCUGGUAUUGGCAUGGCUUUGCUGGGGUGUGAUGUUAUAGUGACAGACCAAAAGGAGGUUUUGCCAUUGUUACAGAGAAAUGUUGAGCGUAAUAUUUCACGGAUCAUGCAAAAGAAUCCUGAUUCAUUUGGUUCGAUCAAGGUGGCUGAGCUUCAGUGGGGAGAUGAGAGUCAUAUUAAGGCAGUUGGUCCUCCAUUUGACUACAUCAUUGGCACUGAUGUUGUUUAUGUAGAGCAUCUAUUGGAGCCUCUAUUACAGACAAUUCUUGCUUUAUCUGGACCAAGGACUACAACUAUGUUGGGGUAUGAGAUCCGCUCCACGAGUGUCCAUGAGAAGAUGCUUCAGAUGUGGAAAAGAAACUUUGACGUCAAGACUGUUGCGAAGUCCAAGAUGGAUGAAACAUUUCAACAUCCAAGUAUUCAACUCUUCAUUAUGGGAUUUAAACAAUCAGCCGAGUGCACAGAGAACCCAGGUCAGGCAACUGUUGAAAAAGUUGAUGUGGAAACUGUUGUGGAGGAUGAAAGCAGUGAGGGAAAUGUUGUAGUAGAAGGAUCUGGUCUCGUUGAAGAAAAUGUGGGGGAUCACAGUAAGCCAAUCUCUCAAAAUGCAAAGCUUAGUGAGUGGGAAGCCAGAAGGUAUGGAGCAAUGGCUGCUAGGGUUUUGAAAGAUGUAAAAAUAUCUUGAUUUUGAGAGUUGGUCUUGGAGAUAUAUUGUCAUAGUAAAUACAUCAUGAUAUAUUAGCCACAUGUUUUUUUUCGUAUUGGUUUUAACAAUCUUUAAAGAGAGAAUUAUGCGUAGGUUACACUUUAGUGAGCUUUUAAUGAGCGUUAAACCUUUUUCUUAAUACAAAUUUCUUGAGCAUGGAUUUCAGAACCCCUGACAGAUUAAGAGCUAGAUGUAACACUGGAACGAAGUUAGAAUCAUAUUAUCGGUUACAAUAAAUGUUUCUGCAUCAAAUGGCACAUUGUAAGUC